UCCCAGACAGUUGUUGCGGCUGUGGAAACUUAUAUAUCUACAAAAAUCUUAGGCCUAGAUACCUGACUGGUGGUUGAAGCCACGAGGAAUGAAGUAAUUAAAACCGUCGACUUAGGCCGUACAGGGCUUAUAAAGAAACAUUCUUGUGUUUUUUAAUAUCUUCCAUGUCAAAUAAUCGGGUAUGCUAUAAAAUAUUGUAUUUUAUUUCGCUGACAUAUCUAGUACCGGAACAAUUUGGAUAGCAAGAACAGUUCAACAUCAUCACAACACCGGGCAAAGGCCUGCAGAGAAACCAACUGAAUUAAGCGGAAUAUCUUUUAAUUGAGAAGAAUUAAACACUAUAGAUGACAUUUUAAAUGUUUAAGACUGCAAAUGCAACAUGGCCACAAGAUUGGAUCGUCUUCUGGUGCUUUUAGACACCGGUUCAAAUUCAAUAACAAGGAAAGCUGCAGCGCAACAACUCGGUGAAGUGCAGAAACUUCAUCCGCACGAGCUACACAAUUUGCUCCACAGGGUUCAUUCACUCCUAAAGAGUAGCAGCUGGGAGACAAGAAUUGCUGCAUCCCAAGCCAUUGAAGCAAUUUCAAAAAAUGUUCCAAACUGGGAUCCUUCUCCUUUAGCUAUGAAAGUUGAAAAACAAGAAGCUAAAGAUAAUUUAAAAGAUGAUGGUAGCUUCAGAUUUGACUCAUUUGACAUUUUGACUGUGAUUAAAUAUGGAGAACCAUUGCUGGGGUCUGCUGGAGAUGAAUUUGACAUUGAUGAAGAUUCUUCUUCUUCCCAAGGGUUUUCAAGAGAUGAACAGUUGUCACGCCAAAGACUGAUGCUCAGAAAACGUCUAGGACUAGAUCUGAUUGGAGGUGUAGAUCUUGGCAUGGAAGGAAUAAUAGAUGAAGGUGAUUUCAUUGUUAAUGAAACACGAAGACCCAAACUUGGUUCAAUUGGAAAACAAAAUUCAGCUGAGAAAUCGGCCGAGUUGAUGGCAAUAGAAAUCGCUGCGAUAAACUCGAACAAAGGCAUGAGUGCCAGGGAGAAGAACAUUGCGAUAAGGAGAGCAAAGAAGCUUAUUAAACAGCGAUCAAAAGACCAACAAGAUUCGGCGUUUUCUACUUCGAAAAGCCUCGACCUGCCUGAACAACCAGCUGCAAAAAAGCUGCGUCGUUCUGCUAGCGUUGUAAUCGAUCAGCCGGGAGACAGCAACAAAGUUUUGGUUGACCAUGUCGCAGAUAACUUCACUUCGCUAGAAGAUCUGGAAGAAUGGCCAUUUCAGAAGUUUUUCACCGAACUUUGCAAUGAGUUGUUCCAUCCGUCUUGGGAGGUCCGUCAUGGAGCUGCAUCUGGCCUAAGAGAGGUUAUCAAAAUCCAUGGUGGUGGUGCUGGCAAACAAAAGUCAAUGACUGCCGAACAGAUGAAAAUUGCUAAUAUAGAAUGGCUUGAAGACACAGCUCUUCGAUUGCUGUGUGUGUUUGCUUUGGAUCGAUUCGGUGAUUACGUAUCCGAUGAGGUCAUUGCCCCCGUGCGAGAAACUUGUGCACAGACACUUGGGUCUGUGUUGCAGUAUCUAGAAAACGAAAGUGUAUUGAAAAUACUGAAAGUCUUGAUGAUGCUGCAAGAACAGGAUCUUUGGCAAAUUAGACACGGGGGUCAUUUAGGAAUCAAAUAUGUUCUUGCUCUGAAAAAGGAGCUGACAAAGGACAUUCUUCCCGCCGUUCUGCCUUCAAUAAAAAAGGGAUUGCAAGAUGAUGAUGUCAGAGCUGUUGCAGCUGCUACCUUGGUACCCGUUGCAUCUGAACUCGUGUCUUUGAUGCCAAAUGAGGUCCCCAUCAUUGUCAACAUAUUGUGGGAAAUUCUUCUGGAUUUGGACGAUCUUGAUUCAUCAACGAAAAGUGUCAUGUGUUUGUUAUCGUCACUCAUCGCUAAGAAUAUGACAGGCGACGUUCCAAUGCAAGACGCGGGAAACCUUACAGAAUUAGUACCCAGGCUUUGGCCGUUCUUGAAGCAUGCUAUUUCGGCAGUAAGACUAUCGGUAUUAGAUGCACUGAGGACACUUUUGGCGCGGCUGCCAGAUCCAGACGCAACCGAGGGUAGCAGCUGGGUCGAGCCGAUUCUUGCCGAUCAAUUGAGUCACAUCUUUCAAAGAUUCAUAUUGGAACCAAUCGAAGACAUCAGCUCUUUGGCGCUAGAGGUUUGGUCGCUCACUAUAAGGAAAGUAUCGACCGUCACGUUGACAGAAUGCUCUAAAGACAUGAUCAGUACAUGGCUCUCAUUCCUUGUCACGCCACACACCGCUCCUCUAGAUUUAUCCAGACUCAUUGGCUACAGAAACAACACAAAAUCAAAGAGUGUGGAGAAUGGCGAGGCUUCUUCUGUUUACUUCAUCGGUGGAAUAACUGGCGAUAUGGACGCUGCAACGAAGGAGGGUAUUGCGAUCAAAUCGAGGCUACUUGGAAUAAGGGCUGUCGCUCUUCUUCUAUCGUGUCUUGAGAAUGGAUCAGGAAAUGCCAACGACACGGUCCUCCUCAUCUUCCAAACCCUUCUUCAAAUGCUGUCUGUGACGUCAGCCUUGCAAAGAAUGGUUGCCACGCUUGUGCUUAUUGAAUGGACAAAGGAGUGUAAGGUAUGCUUCUGCCCGGACCCACUGAUAGAUCGUUUAAAUGCAAUCCUUUCUGAGCAGUUCAUAUAUGACGAAUUAAUACCACACAACCAGAGACUACAGGUUGAUACAAAGGGGCUUGUAAGCUUCUUUGCCAAGCACAAAAUCGAUGUAGCGGAUGGUAUCCAGCCAGGAUGCUUCAAUCUUGACACGGCUGCUCACUUAGCUACUGUAAAGUUUGAAGAAGCAAGUGCAAGCUUGAAGGAAGAUGCAAAGAAGAUUGGUGACUUAAAAAGACGUUCGUUGUUAGUAACAAUAGGACAGAUGAAGACUGAAUAUCAAAAACUACAGAGCAGGGUCCAGUUUUGUGCAGCUGGUGCCUUGAUAUCUCUAAAGCAACUGCCAAAGAAAUUGAAUCCAAUAAUUAGGCCAAUUAUGGAUGGAAUCAAAAAAGAAGAAAAUAUUACUCUGCAAGCAAGAACUGCUGAAUCGGUUGCUGACUUGCUGUCUCUUUGUGUAAAACGCUCUCCUUGUCCAAACAGCAAGAUAGUCAAGAAUCUUUGCUCGUCUGUUUGUUGUGAUCAAAACAAAACGCCGGGGAUUGAUUGUCUGAACAGCGAAAAUGAUAAACCGAACCCCCCGGAAUCCGAUAGCAGUGAUGAGAUACCAUCUUGUUCAAAGAUGCUUGGAAUCCUAACUCUCAGGCUGAUGCAAAAGGACGCUGCGAAGGCUGUUGCGCCGAAGAGGGGAAGGGCCAACAGAGCAAACUCAGGACACUCAGCAGCAAGUCUGGGAAUGUCUUCCCUUGGAAUGCCGUUGGCUACAAACGAAAUACCUAACGAUACAGAGGAAGAGGGCACAAAAGCCAUCUUUUUCCAAACCAGAGGAGGGGAGCUUGCAUUAUCAACAACGGCAGAACGAUUUGGCUCGCGUUUACAAGAAGACGUACCAACUCUAUGGGAAACCUGUUACGAUUCAAUACAAAACUGCAUUUCAAGACACACCUUAGACCCUGUUACACUGCGAGAAGACACACAGCAUGCACAAAAUCUUAUAUUAUCACUCCAGGUUUUAGAAACCAUCGCAACGUCCUUGCAUCCAUCCCUACAAGAAAAGUUGGCUGAUUUACUAGAUCCUUUGAUGCAAACACUCCAGUACCCCUUUACGGCACUAAGACAUAUGGUAGCAAGGGUACUUGGUGUUUGCAGCAAGUUAAUAACAAGACAAGUAAUGCAGUUUGUCAUCGAACGGAUUUUGCCGUUGUUAGGCACCAGCGAUAACUUGGUUUGUAGACAAGGAGCUAUUGAGUCGAUUGCUCAUAUAAUUGAAAAUCUAGGAAUGAACAUUCUACCAUAUAUCGUAUUACUGAUAGUUCCGCUUCUUGGAAGAAUGAGUGACCCUGCUGAAGAUGUCAGACUGGUUUCAACGAAUUGCUUUGCGACUUUGAUACGGUACAUGCCUUUGGAGGCUGGUAUACCAGAUCCCCCUGGAAUGUCAAAAGCCAUGAUAGAGCAGAAGAAAAAAGAGAGGAAGUUUUUAGAACAGCUGCUGAAUAAUACAAAACUUGACACUUACGAUAUUCCAGUUCCGAUUAAAGCUGAGCUGAGAAAAUACCAGCAGGAUGGUGUGAACUGGCUCGCAUUUCUCAAUAAAUACAAGCUACAUGGAAUUCUUUGUGAUGAUAUGGGACUUGGCAAAACAUUGCAAUCAAUCUGCAUUAUUGCUGGUGACCACCUGAAUCGAGCCAUGGCUUAUAAGGCGACUGGCAGUGAUUAUAGCAAGCCUCUUCCAUCUUUGGUUGUAUGCCCGCCUACGCUCACCGGCCACUGGUGCUACGAGGUUGAGAAGUUUUGUGAUAUCGAACACUUAAACCCACUUCAUUAUUAUGGCGUGCCAAGCGAUCGUCUUCGGCUGCAACGAAAACUGAAAACCCAAAACUACAAUCUAGUGGUCGCCUCGUAUGAUAUUGUCAGGAAUGAUUAUAACUUCUUUCUAAAUACUCAUUGGAAUUAUUGCGUUCUGGAUGAAGGCCAUAUUAUCAAAAAUAGCAAAACAAAGCUAGCAAAGGUUAUACGACAGCUCAAAGCCAAUCACAGACUCAUCCUAUCAGGAACGCCGAUACAAAAUAAUGUUCUAGAAUUGUGGUCGCUCUUUGACUUUCUCAUGCCUGGGUUUCUAGGAACUGAAAAACAGUUUAUUGCUAAAUUUGGUAAACCAAUAUUGCAAAGUCGAGAUGCUAAGUCUUCGUCAAAAGAGCAAGAGGCAGGUGUCUUCGCGAUGGAAGCACUGCACCGACAAGUAUUGCCGUUCAUUUUACGACGAAUGAAAGAGGAUGUACUGCAAGAUCUGCCUCCAAAAAUAAUCCAAGACUAUUACUGCGAGCUUAGCCCUCUGCAGGUUCAACUGUACGAAGACUUUGCUAAAUCACGCGCGAAGAAAGAGCUUGAUGUCACUGUUGAUAAUGCAAUUUCCACCAAUGGGGAAACUAAGGAAAAAAGACAAGGCUCUUCGCAUAUAUUUCAGGCACUUCAGUAUCUACGGAAAGUCUGUAAUCACCCGUCUCUUGUUUUAUCGCCAAACCACCCAGAGUACGAGCGAAUAAAGGAGCAAUUAAGGGUCUCCAAGUCAUCUCUGCAUGACAUUCAAAAUUCAUCAAAGCUUGUUGCUUUAAAGCAACUGCUCCUAGAUUGUGGCAUUGGUGCGACAAAUGAUGACGGGAACCAAUCCAACGUUAUGACAGAUCCAGUUGUAGGGCAACACCGUGCCUUGAUCUUCUGUCAGUUAAAAAGUAUGCUUGAUAUCGUUGAGAACGAUCUACUCAAGACUCAAAUGCCUUCAGUCAUGUAUCGUCGGUUAGAUGGAAGCACACCUGCUGGAUCCCGACAAGACAUUGUACACAGAUUCAAUAACGACCCAUCAAUUGACUGCUUGCUAUUGACAACACAUGUUGGUGGACUUGGCCUAAAUUUAACUGGUGCAGACACGGUAAUAUUUGUUGGGCAUGACUGGAACCCAAGCAGAGAUCUCCAGGCGAUGGACAGGGCUCACCGCAUUGGUCAGAAAAAAGUUGUCAAUGUUUAUCGUUUGAUCUCACGUGGAACUCUUGAAGAAAAGAUUAUGGGGCUUCAGAAAUUCAAGUUGAGCAUAGCCAAUAGUGUUAUAACACAAGACAAUUCUAGUUUACAAUCUAUGGACACAAGUCAGCUGUUAGACCUAUUUUCCGUGAAGAAAGGCAAGUCUGAAGAGAAGAAAGAGGGCCAAGAUGCAAACAAACGAACUUCGAUGAAGGUCCUCUUAGAAGAUAUUGGAGAACUCUGGGACGAACGACAGUAUGAGAACGAAUACAACCUGGAUAGUUUCAUCGAAAGCCUUAACACGAAAUGAAUAAAGGAUUAUCCCUGAUUGUCAAGAUCGAAGGUUUAUAUUGUUUCAGCUUUUAAUAAGAUUCGGCUAAAGAUUUUCUUAAAUAA